CGCCAUCUUGCGUGUGUAGUGUCAACUUGAAGUGAAUUCGGUGGAGUAAUUUUGUGAUGUGUGCAAGUUAUUGAAAUCAUAGUGUUUGUAUCUUUGUACCGUAAUUGUUCAUAUACCCCUAAUGACCAUAACCCCGUUCAUAUAACGAAAUGAGUUAAAAUAGAUUCAACAAAAUGUCUGAAGUAAAACAAGUGAAAGUGGACAAUUGGGGAAUUUAUUUCCUCCAAAGGCUAAAACAUUUCUUUAAUCGCACGGAUUACUGUGACUUGACUCUUCAAUUUCAAGACAAUGCACAGCUCAAGGUGCACAGGCUUGUUCUUAGUGCUUGCACAGAGUACUUCGAGUUGUUGGAGCGAACAUGUGAAAUGUACGAAGAUUGUUUGGUUAUGCCGGAUGAUCUAAAAGCCGAUGUUGUAGUACCCAUAAUAAACUUCAUGUACACGGGGCAACUGGAAUUCAAAACGGAUUUAUUAGAAAAAUUAUAUCAAACCUCCCUCGUUAUGCAAAUGCCAGUACUCACUAAACUUCUUGCUUCUCAUCGACAUACAUCAAAAUCUAAUCAUAAAGCCAGACCAGCUCCCACAAGUCACUAUGGUAAGAGAUUCAUAAAACACACAAAAUCAACACCUUCUCCAAGUAGUAGUAGUAGCAGCGCUACCACUAAGCGUAGUUACUCCAACACUUUUGAAAAUGUAGACACGUUGAAGGCUAAGAAACCAUAUAUUGUCAACGCACAAGUGAAUGAUAAAAAUGUUAUUCAAGAUUCAGUGUCCUCAAAUCCAAAAUUUCCUAUAUUUUCUGAAAAAAAUAAACACUUGGCAAAGGAACCCCGUCCGACACGGUAUGAAUUACCAGAAGAAUUGGACGAAGAUAAUAUAUUUGAUAAUUCCUUCACUAAUAUAUCAUACACUUCAACACCACUAAUGGUGCAUCCAAAAACAACAAAACAGUAUACCUCGAAAAGAAUAAAAUUAUUUGAAGAAGGCUCCAGUUCUAGAUUUGUGCAGGGGUCGUCGAAUGACAUUGUGGAGUGUAAGAAAAUAUCAUUUAACGAUAGCCCUUUCAUUGAUGAAAAUAGUGUUGUAGACGAAAGCGACACAUUUCAAUCCUUACAGGGAAAAGAUGAUUCCAAAGAUGCAAGUCAACUUUUUGAUCAAAUUAUAGACAAAAAUGACUGGCCCAAUAUAACUAUAGAGACAAAAAAAAACAAACAAUCAGGAAGCUUGGAACAUGCUAAAAUAAUAAGUGAAGUACUAAAAAAAUAUCCACAUUUAGUUAAAACUAAUAAGCAUAUAAAAUUGAAGAUUCUUAACAGUCCAACUAAACCUAAAAAAGGUCGCUCAUCAAAUACAAAUUAUGAAGACAAAGAUGUAGUUAAGGUAAAAAGUGAACCAGAUUUUACAUAUCAGAGUGAUGUUUUUGAUUCAAAAGAAGCAGCAAGGCUUAUAGCUUUAGGUGCAGAAAAUGUCAGUGGCCCGUGGAUUUGUCUCAUUUGUGGAACACCGGGUAAAGCUUUACAUUUUACUUCAUAUUAUAACUUCCGUAAACAUCUCGUUGAUGUUCACAAUGAAAAACCCGUACCAAAUAUUUGUGAAUACUGUGGAUUUAAGUCGCAAAAGAGAAACUAUUUAGUUCACCAUCAGUUAACUAAGCAUGGAGUAGAGCCACCAGCACGUUAUAAUUUCCCAAGGUGUAAUUAUUGCCCAUACAUAGCUCUAAAUGAAGCAUUAAUGGUAAAACACAAAUUAACUCACAAUGAUGUAAAAAGCUUAAGAAAGAAUGUGCUGUUAAUGUCAGUAUAUUCACAGAAAAUUGGCAAUAAAUAUGGAGGAGACAGAAAAAACAAUUUGCAGUGCAUUUACUGCCUCCGAAACUUUUUACGUGAAAACAAUUUAUAUGCCCAUUUAAAAACAGAUCACAAAGAAGCUGCAAAGAAUGAUGGGUUUAUCGAUGAUUCAGAUGAAGAAAUGCAAGAAGAGGAAGAAAAAUUGAAAACUAAGCACAGUAUAUCUGAAUCUUCUGAUUACAUUGAAGUAGAAGUACCAGUUCAUUUUACUAAUUCAUUUGAGGACAAUAAUAUACAGUACCAAAUAGAAAGAAGGUCUGAUAACAAUAUUCAUAUUGAAUCUAAAAAAUCACGAAUAUCACAAGCUAAACAAAAAAUUUUAAAUCCUGGCUUCAGUAUGCAAGAACAAAAUAGCCCUUCUUUAUCUACACAACAGAAGACAAGAACUAUAAAUGCAUCACUAAAAAGGAAUGACUUUUUACAAGAACUUUGUGCCCCUUCGUCUAACACUCUUAACAAUGAUGAUAUUGUAGUAAUUGAUAACAAGGAAUAUAUUGUUCAGGAUUAUCAACUUAUACCCAAGAAAGAAAAAGGCGUAGAGGACUAUAUUAUCACCAAUACAGGCAAUAGCAGUAAAGAUGAAAGUAUACAAUCAAUUAUACCGACAACUGCUAUGGAGUUCCACAAUAUACAAAAUACAAGUCCCAAUCCAAAAGUAUUUGUUAAAAAAUCCACUAAUGUUAAUCAGCCUAUACAAAUAGUUGUUUCAAAUGAAGAAGAAUACAAAGCUUUAGUAUCUAACCAAUCUGUAAUAUUCGAUGAUGGUGAUUCCAACAAAACUUUAGCAGUGUUGGCUCCUGGGGCUUCAUCAUUAGAAACUGCUACAAUUGACUUAGAUAAUACUCAAUCAAAUGACAUGAUGAUAAUCCAAGAUGACUUUACAAUGAAUGUAUCUGAAGCUGUAGCUGCUAAUAAUUCAAACAUAGUUGUUGUGUAUAGUCACCCAGUGGAAGAUCAAAAUAAACGAUAUCAAAUUAUAACAAGCGAGGGUGUCGAGGCUCAAUUUGUUCCAUCCUCAGCUAUCAUGACACAAAAUUAUGAGACUGUUACAACUUGCUCUCCUGUUGUAAAUGCACAUACUGAAUUAGACAAUACAUGGCAAACCAACAUUCAAGCUAACAUUAAUAAAUUACCCAUAAGUUCUUCAGAUACAGAAUUACAUACAAUGACUGUAGCUGAAUCAGUUACAAUCGCACCGGAAUCUGAUUCAAGUCAUAAUUUAAAUGUUAACGAGUUUGCAGGAGACCCAAUAAAAACCACAGAAUCAGUACCUAUAAAUAUAAAUUCAUCAAAUAUUAAUGCAGAAAACCAAGUUACUGAAAACAAUUUUAAUUCAUGUACUGUUUUACCUAAUAUCACUGAGGAAAUAAAAAAUGUACCUGUGUGUCAACCAAGUGCUAUCAUUACUCUCGGACAUCCCACUAUGAUAACAACUAGUCUUCAAAAAACAAUAGCUGAAACUAAUAUUCAAUCAUCACCUUCAACAGAUACUGAUGCAUCUUCUUUGAUGAAUAAUUUUAUUCCCACGUCCUCCAUAACCACCAUAGAUGAAACAAUAAGAACUGAAACAUUAGAGCCAAUCACUGAAAGCACAGAUGAAGCUACAUGCAACAAUCUCUCUCCACCCUAUGCUGAAGAAAUUUUAGAACAACAAGAAGAUCAAACUUCUGUAACUAAUACCCAAGCAGUAAUUGAAAAUGAAAUAGAAACAAAUACAAAACCUUUAAAUGAGAAUAUUAUUUGCGAAGUAGAUAAUCUAAUACAUCAACCACGAUCUUCAGAUGAGCAUGUAAUAACUGAACAAUCUGAUGUACCAUUGGUUCAAGAAGAUGUUAAUAAUGAUAACGAGAAAUUAGAACAGCCGUUAAAUGUAAUGGAAGUUGACGAAACAAUAGAGAAUAUUGCAGGAGAUAUUGGUAUAAAUCCAGACAUAAUUACAAAAACGGUUAGUCCCAAAAAUACUGAAGAUUCUGAGGGUAUGCCUGUUACAAAAGUAGCACUAGCCCAAAUAGAAAACCUAACAUCUGAAUGGUCUGAAGACGAAAGUGAAACAAUAGUUGACAAUGAAAACAAAUCAGAUGUGUCUAGCUCGGAAGUUAAAAAUGAUGAUACUGGAGAAACAUCGGAGGUAGAAGAAUCUAUUGAAAAUAUUCAACAUGAAGUAGACAAGCAGGUAUCUAGAGACAUAGUUCCUUAUACAGUAGAUGAAGAUUUAAGCUCACAAGAUGAUAAAUCAUCAAAAUUGACAGAACAACCUGAAGACAAUAAAGAAGUUAAUGAUGUCCAAGCCGUCUCAAAAGAAAAAAUUUCUCUACUUCUUAAUGAUUGGGAUGACAAUGAUUCUCAAGAAGAUAGCACGCCCACUACUUCUGAGAAUAAUAAAAGUGAUCAAGCUAUGGUUGCUCCAAACAAUGAAAAUAUCGAAAUUGAUAGUGUCACUGUAGACAAUCCUGAUUUAAGUAAAAAUGAUAGUAUUAAGAGACUAGUUAGUGACUGGGAUGAAGAUGACGAAGAAAAUAAAGAAUAAUGACUGAUCUGAUAAUAUAUAAUUUGUGAAAACAACGUGUUGUGUUUGUAACAUGUGAAAUUUAUAAAUCCUAGAUUUAGAACUUUUUUUACUAUUAUGGGGAUAUAUUUCCUAUUAAUUUUAUGAAAUUUCAUAAAGAAUUAUUUUUACAUUUAUUGUAAAUUAUAAAAACUAUUUCUGUACAUUAUAUGUGUAAAUGUACAUUGUGGUCUUUUAAAUUAUUAGAUUUCCUUUGUAGUAGAAAUGUGUAAAACAAUGUAACAGCAAUAAUAUAUUAUUGACUGUAUAAACAAGCACUCAAAGUUUGGCUGCUGUUUAAUAGUUUGUUUUGAAUUGUAUAUUAAUGAAUACAUUGUAGUGUUAAUCAUUUGUAAUAUUGAAUGUUAUAACAACAUAUUUAUCGCCUUUUGGUAAAGCUUCUCUUUUUUUUCUAAAAUCGUAGUAUCGAUGUUAACUUUAUGAUGAGUGUCAUAUGUAUGUAUCAAUCAUGUAAAUUGUAUUUGGACCACACCUAUGUAAUAUAAAACAGCAAUUAAAAUACACAAUAUUAGAAUAAAAUUAGAUGCUCUAAA